CGCAGGUGCAGACCAGAAACGUGGACUCACUCCGCGGUGGCUGGUGAAUUUCUUGGGCAGCUUCAGAUCUAUUCUGCCGAGUUCCAGAUUCGCUUUAAGCCGUCUGUGCCCCGAGGCUUACAAGAUUCAAGAGCCUUCGUCCACGUCAGUCCUUUGAAACACCCCUCCGCAGCAAUUGUUACUGCGCUCCGCGAGUACUGCGACAAGAGCGACGAGCCGAGUAUCCCUGCGCAUAAAAUCAGUAGCAGAGUACCGCCGUUCUAUCUUCGACGACGUCAAGCCCCACACACUCACUCCACGCCCACGCGUCGUGUACAUUCUUUGAUAGUUGGCGACGAAGCACGAGCACCUGCACUACAAAGAAAUCGCUUCACAUAGAGUAUGGAGAACGCGUAUACAAGAACGCCCACCGAGGCCCUCAAGCAUUUCGAGGUCACAGAGGAGCAGGGUCUUUCAGACCAGCAGGUGAAGAGUCUGCGGGAAAAACACGGCAAGAACGCGCUGCCCGAGGAGCCACCGACACCCAUCUGGGAGCUGAUCUUGGAACAGUUCAAAGACCAGCUGGUCAUAAUAUUGCUCGGUUCCGCAGCAGUGUCCUUUGUCCUUGCACUCUUCGACAACGAGGAAGGCUGGACCGCCUUCGUAGACCCGGCAGUUAUUCUCACAAUCCUCAUCCUGAACUCGGUCGUCGGUGUAUCACAGGAAACCAGCGCCGAGAAGGCCAUUGCCGCACUCCAGGAAUACUCAGCGAAUGAAGCCAAGGUGGUCCGCAAUGGGGCCAUCAAGCGCGUCAAGGCCGACGAUCUGGUACCUGGAGAUGUUGUGUCUGUAGCAAUCGGCGACAGAAUUCCCGCAGACUGCAGGAUUCUCUCCAUCUCAAGUAACAGUUUCAUGGUCGACCAGUCGAUUCUGACGGGCGAGAGUGAGAGUGUGAACAAGGACAUUCGAGUUGUCAAGGACGAGAACGCGGUCAAGCAGGAUCAGGUCAACAUGCUUUUCUCCGGAACAACCGUUGUCAACGGACACGCGAACGCAAUCGUUGUUCUGACAGGCCCGAACACAGCCAUCGGCGACAUCCACGACAGCAUUACAUCUCAAAUUUCCCAGCCAACUCCUCUUAAGGAGAAGCUCAACGACUUCGGUGACUCGCUCGCCAAGGUUAUUACUGCUAUCUGCAUUCUCGUCUGGCUCAUCAACAUCCGCAACUUCAGCGAUCCGUCUCACGGUGGAUUCACCAAGGGUGCAAUCUACUACCUCAAGAUCGCGGUCUCGCUCGGCGUAGCUGCCAUUCCUGAAGGUCUUGCUGUUGUGAUCACGACCUGUCUGGCUCUGGGAACCCGGAAGAUGGCCGCGAGAAACGCCGUCGUGCGCAGCCUCCCCUCUGUUGAGACCCUGGGAAGUUGCAGCGUCAUUUGCUCCGACAAGACCGGUACCUUGACCACCAACCAGAUGAGUGUCAAUAAAGUUGUUUUCAUCAACGAGGCCGGCAAUGGUCUUGAAGAGUUCGACAUUGAAGGAACCAGCUUCGCCCCUGAGGGUCAGGUCUCUUUCAACGGAAAGGUGAUCGAGAACCUCGCUGCAUCUUCCGCUACUGUUCGUCAGAUCUGCGAGGUGUCAGCACUCUGCAACGAUGCAUCAUUGGCCUACGACUCCAAGAACGGCACCUACGGCAUUGUUGGUGAGCCCACCGAAGGAGCUCUCCGCGUUCUUGCUGAGAAGAUUGGUACUCCUGACGCCCGUCUCAACUUGAGCAGGACCAGCAUAUCUCCUGAGGGCCGUCUUCACUUCUCCAGCAAAUACUACGAACAGCAAGCCGCCCGUAAAGCCACAUACGAGUUCUCCCGCGAUCGCAAGAGUAUGUCUGUCUUGGUCAACAACAGUCAAAGUGGCAGCCAAAGACUACUGGUCAAGGGCGCUCCUGAAUCCAUCCUCGCUCGUUGCACAUCUGUUCUUGUUGGCAAGGACGGAAAGAAGGUGCGGCUGGACAACAAGCUCGGCAACUUGAUCCAACAGGAGAUUAUUGACUACGGUAACCGUGGUCUACGUGUCAUUGCCAUUGCCGCCGUCGACGAUGUUCCAAAGAGCCCUCUUCUUACCAAUGCCAAGACCACCAAGGAGUACGCUCAGCUUGAGCAAAACAUGACGCUUAUCGGCCUUGUUGGCAUGCUAGACCCCCCUCGUCCUGAGGUCCGCGGAUCGAUCCAGGACUGCCGCUCUGCUGGUAUCCGCGUCAUUGUCAUCACCGGUGACAAUCAGAACACCGCUGAGGCUAUCUGCAGACAGAUUGGUGUCUUUGGCCAGAAUGAGGACCUCGCAGGCAAGAGCUUUACUGGUCGCCAAUUCGAUGACUUGAGCGAGGCCGAGCAGAUGGAGGCCGCGAAGCACGCUUCUCUGUUCUCCCGCGUUGAGCCAGCUCACAAGUCCAAGCUUGUUGAUCUCCUUCAGCAGGCUGGCGAGGUCGUCGCCAUGACUGGUGACGGUGUCAACGAUGCACCUGCGCUGAAGAAGGCCGACAUUGGUGUCGCUAUGGGCUCCGGUACCGAUGUUGCCAAGCUCGCUGCCGAUAUGGUCCUCGUGGACGACAACUUCGCCACCAUCGAGGGCGCCGUCGAGGAGGGCCGCUCCAUCUACAACAACACCCAGCAGUUCAUCCGCUACCUCAUCUCCUCUAACAUUGGAGAAGUUGUUUCCAUCUUUCUUACUGCCGCGGCGGGUAUGCCUGAGGCCCUCAUCCCCGUUCAGCUCCUCUGGGUCAACCUUGUCACAGACGGCCUUCCCGCGACAGCGCUCUCUUUCAACCCUCCUGACCACGACAUCAUGAAGCGCCAGCCCCGCAAGCGUGACGAGCCUCUUAUUGGCGGCUGGUUGUUCUUCCGCUACAUGGUCAUCGGCACGUAUGUCGGCGCCGCAACCGUUGGUGGUUACGCAUGGUGGUUCAUGUUCAACUCCGAGGGCCCGCAGAUCUCGUUCUACCAGCUCAGCCACUUCCACCGCUGCUCCGCCCAGUUUCCCGAGAUCGGCUGUGACAUGUUCGCCAACGCGUCAGCACAGGCUGCCUCUACUGUCUCGCUCUCCAUUCUCGUCGUCAUCGAGAUGCUGAACGCUAUGAAUGCCCUCAGCUCUUCCGAGUCGUUGCUCACCCUGCCCCUGUGGAAGAACAUGAUGCUCGUCUACGCCAUCUGCCUCUCCAUGGCGCUGCACUUCGCUCUCCUCUACGUACCUUUCUUGCAGGGCCUGUUCAGCGUCGUGCCCCUUAACUGGAACGAGUGGAAGGCUGUGCUGUACAUCAGUUUGCCCAUUAUCCCGCUUGAUGAGGCGCUCAAGUUCCUCGAGCGCAAGUUCUUCGUUCAGACCUCGCACGUCGACGACGUCGUGCAGAACGGACGGCCGAAGAAGGAGUAAGAACGCAAAGGUGUACGAGUCCCGUCUGUGGAAGGAAGGGAGGCUUGUGUACCAUAUUGGGCGUGCAUAUAGAAGCAAGAGAAGGUCAAAAGAGUGGCUAUUUGUCUAGAACGAUGAUCUCCGUCCUGGCAUCGGAGGAGACAAAGGCUUGUGUAUAUUUUGCAUGUUGAGAAUAGAUUCGUACUACGCUCCACCCGUCUUGCCGUCACCAUUGCCACUACUUUGCGGGUACGGCACGUCUGUGUCGCUGCUCAGAUCAUCUGUCGUCGAUAAGUCUGUACAUACUCUUCGAUGCUCCUCGUUUUUGCUCUAUUCCAUUCUAUCCCAGUGUCAACAACGGAACCCGACACCGCUACGAUGUAUCUCGCUAUCACAAUCCUCUCUAUCACAAGCGCACUUGCUCUACCAAAUACGCCGU